AUGACCUUGUUCAUAUUACUCUACCUGUGGGUAGGGCUAACGUCAACAUACGCUCACGUAUGUCCACGUUACUGUGAGUGCGAUGACAAUGUCACCCGAGUCUACUGUUACACCGGUAGCCUUAACACAACACAUUUCUACAAGAUACUGCAACAGUUGCCCGUCAACAUCGUCGAACUUCACAUCUCUGCCCCGAGCAACAAAUCCAACUUCUUCAAAUGGAAUGACAACUUGAAUCGACUCACAAAUCUACGAAAACUGUCUCUGAUCAACUGUAACAUACCAGCCAUCAGUCAGAGACUACGGAUACGAUCGUUGGUAUCACUGAAUCUACAACACAACAAGAUUGAGACGCUUCAGAUGGACUCGUUCAACGGGAUUCACAACUUGGAAACUCUCGAGCUGUCGUACAACAAAAUCUCGAUUCUGCCUUCAGGCUGUUUUGUCUUCUUGAAGAAUCUGAAGUCACUGUCAGUAUCUCACAAUCCCAUCAAAGACCUGCCUUCUAACUUUCUUCACGGCCCAAAACAAGUCCAAAAACUUGAACUAGAUGGUCUGCAAGUUCCAAUCGACCAGUUGAAUCAACUUCUGGAGACUCAGCAGAACCUAGAGCGCCUGGAGCUCAACUUCUGUUCGAUUGACGACACCAAAGUCUCGAGGCUCUGGCUACACAAAGUACCCAAGAUUGUACGCUUCGGGCUCGGAGGUAACAAUCUGACUACCAUACCAAGCCACAAACUUCGAGAUCUACCCCACCUCCAGACAGUAGACCUAUCCUACAAUAAGAUCAGAAAGGUUAAUGCUUGUGCCUUCUGCUCUUGCAACAUAACCACCAUCUACCUAGGACACAACCUCCUUGGUAUUGACGAUGUCAGCUUGAACGUGGAAUCGUUUGCUCAUGUCAAAGUUGAAACAUUAGAUCUUUCGUUUAAUUUCUUCGACAACUUUCAUUCUGACCUACUAGGUCGAGCACGGUACUCGAUAAAAUCACUUGACUUGUCUGGAAACACUCUUACCGUACCCAAAUCUGCAUUUAUUGAGAAGCUACCCAACUUAAGAGAACUUCAUCUAGCCAGCAACCACCUAGAAGUACUACCUUCAGUAUGGCCCAUCGAGUACUCGUCGCUUAUCUUCCUCAACUUAAGUCACAACUACAUCAAGCACGUCCCGUCAUCGUUCUCUCACUCUUUUCCCUUCCUCAAAACACUCGACAUAUCAAACAAUGAAAUAAAGUAGGUUUAAAACAUAUUUACAUGUUUAAUACCUUUUAUAAGACAAUAAGUAUAAAGUUAAACGAACCGUUCUAUAAUAAAGUUAGAUUUUUCUUAAAUUAAAAAGUUUUAGCUACCUCGACAGCCACUUGACAACGUUUUUAACAGAGAUGACACAGACUAUUUACUUGGACAACAACCCAUGGGAUUGUAGUUGUGCUGACAACGGAAUACAAAAGUAUUUCAAACUGAGAAGGAUAAUAUCACCAAGAACAGAGUUGACACUGUGUGCUUACCCAGAAGAAGUCAAGAACCUGCCAGUCCACAAAGUCAGCAAAAUCAGCGAUUGUGCUCUACUCUUUGGAGGAUCUUAUCAGCUCACACAGGUAACACUUAUUUUCUGA